AUGAGCCGCCAACGUCCGCUCCGCGGCGCAUGCAGCUGCGGCCGCAACAUCUACGAAGUCGUGGUCCCGACCUCCGCCAAAGAAAAAGCAACAGUAUCCUUCGACGACAGCAGUUCUACAAGACGAGCACAAGCGACUCCGCUGGCAGCGUGGCUCCGAGUCCCAAUCACGUGGGUGUCGAGUUCAACUGUUGCACAAGUGCCGGACGAGACCCAUUCGACGAUACGGAGAGUUUUCACGCCGCCGCAUGAGCCGCACUGCAAACGAUUCUUCUGUGGGUAUUGCGGCACACAUUUGUCGUACUGGACGGAGCAGCCUCAGUCGGAGGCUGAUUACUUGAGUAUUACGCUGGGAAGUCUGCUUGACGAGGACAUUCGAGCGCUGCAAGAGCUUGAGUUGCUGCCAGAAGAAGUCGACCCGGAAGAGAUCGAGAGCAUCCAUACAGCUGGGGACAGAUCGGCUGGCGAUACAGACGUGGCCACUACAAACUCGUCGGCGGCGGUACAGCACAGUGUGCGUUCCGGCAGGCUAGGAAAUCUGAACUGGUUCGAAGAGAUGAUUGACGGCAGUCGGCUGGGAAGGACUCAGACGACGCGGCGAGGUGCUGGGGUCAGUGCAGAUGGUACAACGCAGGUGUCGUGGGAGAUUUCGGAGUACAUCGAGGGAGAUGACGAUGGUCAGCCGACGACAAAGUCGAAACGGAAGCAUGGCGAUGUGGAUGUCGACGAGGACGUCUCGAUGAAACAGCAGUGA